GCAUGACGGAGGUAGACGCCGACGUCAUAACAACGUGUUCCUUCAGACGCUUCCCGGGCUCCAGCGGGUCACGUGAGCCACUUUUCGCGCGAAAACUGGUUGCUGCUGGAGUAGCGAAGAGGAUCGCGGCGCUAAGAUGGCGGAAUCAUCUGAAUCCUUUACCACGGCCUCCAGCCCAGCUCGGCGUCGGCGAAGCAAUGAUCCUCUCACCUCCAGCCCUGGGCGAAGCUCCCGACGCACAGAUGCUCUGACCUCCAGCCCUGGCCGUGACUUGCCUCCCUUUGAAGAUGAGUCCGAGGGGCUGCUAGGUACAGAGGGGCCCGUGGAGGAAGAGGAAGAGGAUGGAGAGGAACUUAUUGGAGAUGGCAUGGAGAGGGACUAUCGUCCCAUCCCGGGGCUGGACACCUACGAGGCUGAUGGACUGGCCCUGGAUGAUGAGGACGUAGAGGAGCUGACAGCAAGUCAGAGAGAGGCGGCAGAGCGAGCCAUGCAGCAGCGUGACCGUGAGGCCGGCCGGGGCCUGGGCCGCAUGCGCCGCGGGCUCCUAUACGACAGCGAUGAGGACGAGGAGCGCCCUGCCCGAAAGCGCCGCCAAGUGGAGCGGGCCACAGAGGACAGUGAGGAGGACGAGGAGAUGAUUGAGAGCAUUGAGAACCUGGAGGACCUCAAGGGCCACUCCGUGCGUGAGUGGGUGAGCAUGGCAGGCCCCCGGCUAGAGAUACACCACCGCUUCAAGAACUUCCUGCGCACCCAUGUGGAUUGCCACGGCCACAAUGUCUUCAAGGAACGCAUCAGCGACAUGUGCAAAGAGAACCGGGAGAGCCUGGUGGUGAACUACGAGGACCUGGCGGCCAGAGAGCACGUCCUGGCAUACUUCCUGCCAGAGGCGCCAGCGGAGCUGCUGCACAUCUUUGACGAGGCUGCCCUGGAGGUCGUGCUGGCCAUGUACCCCAAGUAUGACCGCAUCACCAGCCGCAUCCACGUGCGCAUCUCCCAUUUGCCUCUGGUGGAGGAGCUGCGCUCGCUGAGGCAGCUGCACCUGAACCAGCUGAUCCGCACCAGUGGGGUGGUGACCAGCUGCACAGGCGUCCUGCCCCAGCUCAGCAUGGUCAAGUACAACUGCAACAAGUGUAGCUUUGUGCUGGGACCCUUCUGUCAGUCCCAGAACCAGGAGGUGAAGCCUGGUUCCUGCCCUGAGUGUCAGUCAGCUGGCCCCUUUGAAGUCAACAUGGAAGAGACCAUCUAUCAGAACUACCAGCGUAUCCGCAUUCAAGAGAGUCCCGGCAAAGUGGCGGCUGGCCGGCUGCCCCGCUCCAAGGAUGCUAUUCUCCUCACUGAUCUGGUGGACAGCUGCAAGCCAGGAGAUGAGAUAGAGCUGACUGGCAUCUACCACAACAACUACGACGGCUCCCUUAACACUGCUAAUGGCUUCCCUGUCUUUGCCACGGUCAUUUUGGCCAACCACGUGGCCAAGAAGGACAACAAGGUUGCUGUGGGGGAACUGACUGACGAAGAUGUGAAGAUGAUCACCAGCCUCUCCAAGGACCAGCAGAUUGGGGAGAAGAUCUUUGCCAGUAUUGCUCCCUCCAUCUACGGGCACGAAGACAUCAAGAGAGGCCUGGCACUGGCUCUGUUUGGAGGGGAGCCCAAAAACCCAGGGGGCAAACAUAAGGUGCGAGGCGACAUCAACGUGCUCUUGUGUGGAGAUCCUGGCACAGCCAAGUCUCAGUUCCUCAAAUACAUUGAGAAAGUGUCUAGCCGUGCCAUUUUCACCACUGGCCAGGGGGCUUCAGCUGUGGGCCUUACGGCAUAUGUCCAGCGGCACCCUGUCAGCCGAGAGUGGACUUUAGAAGCUGGAGCCCUGGUUCUGGCUGACCGAGGAGUGUGCCUCAUCGAUGAAUUUGACAAGAUGAAUGACCAGGACAGAACCAGCAUCCAUGAGGCCAUGGAGCAGCAGAGUAUCUCCAUCUCGAAGGCUGGCAUUGUCACCUCCCUGCAGGCUCGCUGCACCGUCAUUGCUGCUGCCAACCCCAUAGGGGGCCGCUAUGACCCCUCACUGACCUUCUCAGAAAAUGUGGAUCUCACGGAGCCCAUCGUUUCCCGCUUCGACAUCCUGUGUGUGGUGAGGGACACAGUGGACCCAGUCCAGGAUGAGAUGCUGGCCCGUUUUGUGGUCGGCAGCCACAUAAGACACCACCCUAGCAACAAGGAGGAGGGAGGGCUGGGCGGCACCCCAGAACCCGCCAUGCCCAACACAUAUGGCGUGGAGCCCCUGCCGCAGGAAGUCCUGAAGAAGUACGUCAUCUAUGCCAAGGAGAAGGUCCACCCGAAGCUCAACCAGAUGGACCAGGACAAGGUGGCCAAGAUGUACAGCGACCUGAGGAAAGAAUCCAUGGCAACAGGCAGCAUCCCCAUCACGGUGCGGCACAUCGAGUCCAUGAUCCGCAUGGCAGAGGCCCAUGCGCGCAUCCACCUGCGGGACUACGUGAUAGAGGAUGAUGUCAACAUGGCCAUCCGUGUGAUGCUGGAGAGCUUCAUUGACACACAGAAGUUCAGCAUCAUGCGCAGCAUGCGGAAGACCUUUGCCCGCUACCUUUCAUUCCGGCGUGAUAACAAUGAGCUGUUACUCUUCAUACUGAAGCAGUUAGUGGCAGAGCAGGUGACAUAUCAACGUAACCGCUUUGGGGCCCAGCAGGAUACUAUUGAAGUGCCUGAGAAGGACUUGGUGGACAAGGCCCGUCAGAUCAAUAUCCACAACCUCUCUGCCUUUUAUGACAGUGAGCUCUUUCGGAUGAACAAGUUCAGCCAUGACCUGAAGCGAAAAAUGAUCCUUCAGCAGUUCUGAGCCUCCACAGCAGCUGCCUGAUUGUGGCUGGGAAGUCAGUUCUCAUGCUCACUUCACUCACUUCACUUCAGAGACACGAAACCAAACCAUCGUGAGACACAGAGUGUGGUCCAGGUUCAGGACUUGCAGCUGAACCAUCUGGCUUCCCCCAGUCUGCUGGGCUCAGGCUACGGCUGGGAGUGCUGGUGAUGAUUUCUUAGGCUCCCUUUCUGCUUCUCUCACUAUCUUGGGUGGGCGUGUUUUGCCAUGUUUAUUUUUCAACCACUUGGUGACCCACCUUCUACAUGAGGUCUGCCUCCACUUUAUCCUGGAUCAACUCCUAUGUGCACGAUGCUCAGUCUUCUGGGUGACUGAACAUACAAGGGUAUUACGAGAAUUGUCGCUUGGCAUGAGUCCUGUGUCCUAGCUGCUUCGGCCACUUUGGCUGAAGAGCAAGAUCAAGGUAUUGGUAGUUUUUUCUAAAUUCUGUCCUGCAGGUUUUUCUGGGCUUCUGAGUGGAGAAACCUUGUGGGCAGAAGAAAGCACAAUCCCUCUAAACUCUGUAAUGACACAACUUGGUUUCCUGCAGGAGGAAAGGUCUGGGGGGUUGAUAUGGUAAUGAGGAUUACCUGUCACCAUUGCUGUGUUAAUCUGUUUUCUCCUACCUAACCAUUUUCACAUUGUUUGUACAUUCCACUUCUGUUUCUGUAGUUUAAAUUUUAAUAAAAUUAAAUAAAAUCUAAAUACUGGUA